CGGUCUGAUACUGCACACGGUUUUUCUGCUCGAGUCAACUUUGGGUGUCGAACAUGAACAGAAUCAUUUUGCAUCUGAUUGUUGCCGGUUUCUGCCUCACAUUCGGUCACGCCUUGAAAUGCUACAAUUGUCAUAUCGGUUUUAAGGACGUGUGUUUGACCACCAAAAUCACAUGUGACUCUGGAGAACUUUGCUUCAAAGGUGAAGGGAAAGCAGCUGGUGUUGUGAGCAUCAUAAUGAAAGGCUGUCUAAAAGAGGCAGAGUGCAACAAGACCACAGAAAUGAAUUUUCCCUCCGACUCCAACACAACGAUCUACUCUAUGACCAAGACGUGCUGCAACACAGACCUCUGUAACGCUGCACCUGGUCACCCCGGGGUGUCCGGGCUGCCGCUGGCCCUUGCUGCUGUCGCUGCCGUGUUUUUGGCUCAUGUCUGUGUGUGACAAGUGAAAUGGCAAAUUUUCUCAAAACACACAUACACGACAUUCCUACAUAGUAUGUGCGUGGGAGCACUGUGAGGUUUAAUUUAAAAGGUUUUCUCGGGCGGUCAUGGUAUGUAUGUUUUUUUUUUUUUCGCGCAGGUCUCAUAUUUACGGUCGGCGUUUGGGUGCAACACACUCUGAUUUCAUACACACACUGCAUAUGUCUUAAAUCACAGCUUUAAAUUUGAUAUGUUUGAUUUGCAUUGUUUCUGUAUGUUUUAGCUUUAAUGUCGAGGUGAUUGUGUCCCUCUCAUCACUGCAACACAUUUACUUAGUCAAAAUAAAACAGUAUUCCUGGAGUUUGACUCAAUAAUAACACUGAUGCAAUUAAGAAAAUUUAUUUAAAAUGUAUGCUUGGUCAUUAAUGAUAAUUUUCAUUAUUUUCACUAGACUGAGUGGUAAAGGCCUGUCAAAAGCUGCAAUACCUAUAAAAUUAGUCAUCCCUUACACUUUUAUUUGGUUUUAUUCUUAUUUUUAAUUUUGUUUUAAUCAUGUUUUUUAAUAUAAAAUAAUUUAUAAUAUAAUUUAAUAUACAAUAAUUUACAAAAAAAAAAAA